AAAAAGCAUUACUCUGUAUUCUAUAGUUUUGCAUUGGACGCCGGAUAUGUUUAUGAUUGCGUAGAAAAUGUGUCAUUACGAACGUAAAACUGUCAAACUUAAAUCAAUUUUUGUGGCUAAAGAUUUCCAAGGCCUUGAAGAUGCAUUUUUUUAUAUACUCACUUAAAUUUUCAAGGAUUCUGAUACGCAAUCGACGACUCCCCACCUGAAGAAUACGACGAGUAGAAGGGAAAUCGAGUACGUUCUGUCCUUAUUGAAAAACAUCUUUCUCCACAUACAUAUAGCUUAUACCCGAGCAACUUCGUGUAUAACGGUUGAUGCCGUUGGAAAGUACGUAUGUAGAAUAAGUGUACCUGACUGAAGAAGAGGAUCAAUUGGCUUUGCAACGACAAAACGCACGGAUCUUACAACAGAUAUCUUGGAUUACAAUCAAACGAGAUACUAUAUUAUAACGUUACUAUACAAUUUAUUAACAUUUAACUUCGUCAUAGAAAAUGUUACUUGAAAUGGCCGCGGUUUGUAUUCCUUUCAUGCUCGGCAGCAUUGCGUAUUUUUUUCCUUUCAAUACCUGCUAUGCAUACGGCACCAUUAUAUUGCAACAAAUAAAACUUAAUUACUUCGGAGUGAGAUUUUGGUUUCACGAUGUGGUCAACGCCAGAUAUAAUAAGUUGGAUUUACCUUUGAUGCCAGAAAAAACCGCGAUUAUAACCGGUGGUUCUAGAGGCAUAGGAGCGCGAAUAGUCAAGAAACUACUACAGUGCGAUAUGAACGUUAUACUCGCUUGUAGGACAGUUAGCGCGGGUGAACAACUUAUCCUUCAAAUUAGAAAGUCCGGUGUAAUUAGCGGACGGCCAAAGGUCUACAAGCUCGAUAAUUCUUCUCUUGGCUCAGUAAGAGAAUUCGCGGAGCAGAUAAAAAAAGAUUAUAGCAAAAUUCAUAUAUUAAUCAACAAUGCUGGUGUUAUGCUUGUUCCUACGUAUAAAGAAACAGAAGAUGGUUUUGAAGAGCAAUGGGCAGUAAAUUAUUUGUCACAUUUUUUACUGACGUCUCUUCUUCUGCCAUUAUUAAAGGCUGGCGGGCGAUCUGGCGAGUCCAGUAGGAUUAUUAAUGUCACUUCAUGCGUUCAAUAUAUGGGAGUCAUAAACUUUGAUGAUAUCAAUAGUUGUUACAAGGGAACAUAUUUUACUAUUACGGCAUACACACAAAGUAAAUUAGCACAGGUGAUAUUUACGGUAGCGUUACAACAAUUUUUGAAGGACAGAGCAUUGAAUGUGGAAACAUUUUCCGUACAUCCUGGUGUGGUAAACACAGAACUAUUCAACCAUACUUACUUAAGAGGCUCGUGGGUUAUGUCGUUGGCGAAGACACCUGACGAAGGAGCUAUUCCGAUACUAUAUGCCGCACUGAACAAAGACAUUGAAAAUAAAGGUGGCAUUUAUAUUAGCAAUUGUAAGGAAUAUCCCAACGCUGCAUGGGCACUGCAGAAAAAUAUACAAAAACAAUUGUUUGAAUUAUCUUUGAAACAAGUAAAGUUACAUGAUUUUUUCCAAUAUUUAUAAUUGUCAAAUGAAUUAUUUACGAUUGUUAAAUAUAUCAAAUUUAUAUUUUAUUAAAUUUAUGUACUAAAAAAACUAACUUUUUUUUUUAUGUCUAGAAAUUAUAUAUCCACUCUAUGUAUAUAUCCACUCAUCUCAUCAUGUAUCAUCUCAUGUAUAUAUUCACUCUAAUUUAAAAUGUUUAUUUUACAUGAUAAAGCGAACAUUUGCAUUGUAUCAAAUACAGAUAUACACAAAACAUGCAAAUAUUUUCGAUAAUCUGCUAUCAUAUGAGGUAAAAAAUAGCAUUCAGAAUAUCGCUGCUAUUGUUAUUUAAAGAAAUGCAUUUCGCAUGAGAUAACUUACAUUGAAUUUAUACAGUUUUUUUCAUUGUGUCAAGUUUAACAUAAUAUUGUUUCGUAUUUCAAUUACAAAGAAAAUUGAUAUGUUUCCAUCAAUAUAAAUUUUAUUAUAAGCUACGAUUUAUAUUAUGCACUGUUAGUAACUUAUUGCAACAAUACAUUAUGUAAUUAUAAUAAAAUGUCAUUACAUAAAAUCUUUGGAUUAAUUACAAACACAACAGUUUGUGUAGUUUCAACUAAAAAUUUAAAAAAAUUGUAAACGUUAAUA